GUUCUGGAGGAGCUACAAAAAGUAAAGCAAAGCAAAACGCAAGUGAUCAGUGAAAGAUCACUGGAUUAUACUACCAAGAAACCAGAAAAUUCAGUUUCACACCAGAAUUCAAAUGCUUUUGAAAUGCACACAGACCAGGUGAUGGUUGGUAACAGUCAGAGUGAGAUCACUGACACUGUACUUAGGAAAAGCUUGGUGUCCGAUAAAGGCAGGUCUGGUAAAAGCCAGAAUUUUUCAUUCAAUGUCAUUGAUCCUGAUUCUGACUCGCCUAUAACAAGUAAAUCAAAAGGGCUAAAAAUGGAGUGGUCUUCCAAUAAAAUUCAAGGUCUCAGAGGAAGGAUAAGUAUUAAAAAGUUGGUAAAAACUAAAAUAAUUACUCAGGAAAUUGCACUCAAGUUGCAAACAGGCUUCAUCACUAUAGAGGAGAUAGAAGCAUCACUUGCUCAAUUCACUGGUAAACCAUCCUCAAUUUCAGCUGUUUACAUGGAGUCUAGCAAGAAAAGGCUGUCUUUCAUAGACGCUGCAGCAGGAGGAUGUAUAUCUAAAACCUAAGCCAUUGAGUUUUUGGAAGCACAAGCUGCCACAGGAGGCAUCAUUGAUCCUAUGACAGGCCAGGCUUACUCACCGUCAGAUGCUUUUGAGAAAGGUAUCAUUACUGGGGAUCUCAAGGAUAAAAUAACUGAAGCUUACAAAGCAGUCAGUGGUUAUACUCAUGCUGAGAAGAUUCUUUCAGUGUUUCAAGCUAUGGAAGAGAGAAUUAUAGACAGGCAUUGAGGAAAAGCUUUAAUAGAAACACAGAUCCCUACUGGAGGGUUGAUUCAUCCAUUGAUUGGAUGUAAAGUGCCCAUGGAUGGUGCGCUAGAGCAGGGGCUCAUAAAUCAAGCCACACUUCAAAGUCUCUAUGAUCCGAUCAGUAACCCAAAAGAUUUACACUUCCCAGAAACAGGGCAGAAGGCGUACUAUAGCGAACUGCUCAGAAUCUGUGUGUAUGAUGUCAACGGUGGAGUGUAUCUUCUUCCCUUUGGUGAUCAGCAUUUGUACCCCCUUUCACCAUCCAGCAGACACAGGAUAUCGGUCAUCGACACUUCUAAUGGUGUUAAAAUUUCAGCUUACGAAGCAUGUAAGGCCGGCUAAAUUGACAAGAGAACCUACCUAUUUCUCUCACAACAAUAGAGUGAAUGGCAGGAGAUAACAAUCAUGCACUCAAAUAGGAACCUUCUACACAUGCUAACAGACCAUAAGAGUGGGCGGCAGAUUUGCAUUGAAAAUGCUCUUAGUCUGAAAAUUCUCCAAAUGGAAGAGCUCAACAACUACCGGAGUGGUCAGCUCAGUAUUUCUGAGCUCGCUGAUCUUUUGAUUUCCAGAAGAGUUGUCUUUAAAGUCCCAAAUGAUCCCGUUGCAGGACUCUGGGAUGUGUCUUUGAAAAAACGAGUCCCGGUUUUCAAAGGACACCAGCAGAACCUUGUGGACCGACUCACCGCGCUGAGGUUGCUAGAAGCUCAGGCUUGCACUGGAGGCAUCUGUGAUCCAGCAUCUGGAGAAAGGGUUCUGAUUAAAGAAGCUCAACAUCGAGGACUCUUUGAUGAAAGUUUUGCCAGACAGCUCCAGCAAUGUGAGCAAGCCUAUUAUGGUAUCAUUCACCCUCAGAAUGGAAAGACUUUGACUGUGGCUCAGGCGAUGCAAGAGAACCUUUUCCCGAAAGAUGUUGGAGUGAAGUGUCUUGAGUUUCAACUGGCGACUGGUGGGCUCAUUAACCAAGAGAGCCAAAAGAGAUUCUCUUUGGAUGAUGCAAUACAGAAUUGCUUGAUCGACAAACCAACUGCUGCACAUCUUCAGCAUGGCAACUCCCAUUCGAAAUGCAUCACUUGCCCCAAAACCAAGCGAAAAAUGUCUUUCAAGGAAGCUCUAGAAUGAGUGUCUUUGACAGCCACACUGGGUUUGUACUUCUAGAACUAACCAAGCCCCAAUACUUCAUCCUUCCAAUACUUCUGGACUUAUCGGCCCUUCU